AGAAACACUGCCAUGUCAAAAAUACAAACAUGUGCGCUACUCUAGAUAAUUUGCCUGCCGAGGAGUCCUGUGUGUUUACUGAAUUUAAACAUUAUGAUCAGGUUAUGAAGUUGAUAUCAGCGAUUAAGGUGGAAGUGUCUAAUUUUCGCAAGAAAGAGUACUUGGAGGAUACUCUUGUCCAUAUAUUCAACCAAUACCAGGAACAGCCACAUUUGCUUGACCCUUAUCUUGGGAAAAUGAUAUCAGCCUGUCUGGAUGUAGUGUAUCGUUCUUCUUCAGAUCCUGAAGUUUUUCAUUUCGCGUUCAGGAUCUUAUAUUUAAUGACAAAAACCCGAGGUUACAAAGCUAUCAUCCAUUUAAUGCCACAUACAGUUGACGAUAUCGAACCGACUCUAAGUCUUCUUAUGGAACAAGAUGUUAACGACCUAAAGAAUUGGGAGACGCGCUAUGUUCUUCUCCUUUGGUUAUCAAUCUUGGUAAUGGUCCCUUUCAACUUAGAAGCUCUUGAUAGCUUAGGAAAAAAACCUAUACUUGAGCGUGUGAUUGAUUUAGCCAAACUUUAUCUCUCACAGGACGAGCGCACUCAAGAAGCAGCCGCUUUCCUCCUUGCGCAUACUGUGACAAGGCCGGAUGCAGUUCAUACCCAGCUACCAUCAAUGAUUUCUUUUGCAAUAAAAAAUCUAAGUUGUGUUGACGUUAUCAGUGUACAAGACCAAAAGCAGGUAUGCGGCAUCCUCAGGAGUAUAGCCAAUAUAUGUAAACUUGGAAGCCGCACUGAAUUGUUACCUUAUGCGAGUGACCUUUUGCGCACAGUACUUCAGUUGCCCGGAGAUUCUUCUAAGGGAAUUCUUCUCUGUCGUCUUGAAACAAAAGUUCUGCAACGAAUUGGUUUACUGUUUUGCCCGCCAUUAAAUACAACAUGGCAGUAUCAACGAGGAUGCCGAUCAUUGCAAGACAACUUGAAAUCUCUUAUGGUGGAACAUGACAAAAAACCUAACUCUUUUCAUUCCUCGGUCUCUAAAGAAGUUACUGACUACUCGUUAUACACAAGCUGUCAAAAUACUAUCACUAGUGAUAUUUCUGCAGAUUGUUCAUCAACUAUGAACUGUGAAUUUCCCAACACAGAUGAAGUUGCAGAAGUUAUUGAUAAACUGAUAAGCGCUUUGCGGAGUCAAUUUACUGGAGUUCGUUGGUCUGCUGCCAAAGGAAUCGGUCGGAUUUGUUCUCGUCUAUCUAGUUCGAUGGUAGAUGAUGUUUUGUCGGUUGUACUAUCCUUGUGCACAAAACUGGAACCAUAUACUGCAUGGCAUGGAGCUUGUCUUGCUUUGGCUGAGCUUGGUCGUCGCAGUCUUCUUUUACCAUCCAAGCUACCAGAAGUGGUUCCAGUCGUUUUACGGGCUCUGUUUUAUGAUGAGAGGUCUGGUGAUCAUAAUUAUGGAUCUAAUGUUCGAGAUGCUGGGUGUUAUGUAUGUUGGGCUUUCGCAAGAGCAUACCAUCCUAAAGAUUUCGUGAAUUAUGUCGUUCCUAUCGCAAGCUCAUUAGUCUUAGUAAGCCUGUUCGACCGAGAGGUUAGUGUACGUCGAGCAGGGUCCGCUGCAUUUCAAGAGAACGUGGGUCGACAGGGUCAGUUUCCACAUGGAAUCGAAAUCCUCACUACAUGUGAUUAUUCCAGUGUAGGGAAUCGUGCCCACUGCUAUCUUCAGUUGAGUUUGUCCGUAGCCAAGUAUAAAGAAUAUGUAAAACCUAUGAUUGACCAUUUGGUCAAUGUUCGUCUUGGACAUUGGGAUGAUUCAAUCAGAUAUCUGGCUGCUUGUGCUUUGGGGAAACUGUACAAAGCUGAACCCGAUUACAUGAUGGAAAUUAUCUUACCUCAAAUAAUCAAUGGUUCGAUUAAAUCUACUCUACACAAUCAACAGGGGUGUAUAUUUGGAACAGGUGAAUUGGUAUAUGCAGCAUCCAGUUGUGAUAUAAAUGAGGAAAAUUUACUGAAGAUUAAGGAAAUUGUUCCAGCACUCAAAAGUGCUAAUAAAUUUCGUGGUUUGAGUGGUGAAUUAAUUCGAAAAGCAACCGCUAAUUUUAUUCAAAAUUGUGCAAUGGCCAAACUACCAUUUCACAAUGAUCCAGUUAUAGAGGUUUGGCGUGAAUUCUUGGACGAUUGUGUCGGACACGCAAAUCCUGAAGUACAGAAAGCUACUGUGAAUGCAUAUCCUCACUUUUUAUCAACUUAUUUAUACAACCGAAAUGGUGAACUGAAAGUUGACUAUAAAGACUUAUUGUACAGGAAUUUUUUGCUUCAAUUAAUCACCAAUUCUGAAUCUAAACUUUCUGGAUACUUACAAAUUAUUGGUGCAGCUCCAAAUAGUUUAUAUUGUGGACAUGUUGCCGAUUUGUUGGAUACCGUCAUGGGUGCUUGUAAAUCAACUCCAAAAACAAAAUGUUGGGUGAAUUCUCGCGGAUCCGCUUUAAAAGCUCUUGUAGAAAUCAUCAGAAAUCUUGGAUCUCAUCACCCAGAACUAAAUACUACGCUUUUGAAAACUGUUUUUCAUGUAUUGCUCCAAUCUCUAUCUGAUUAUACGAUGGAUUCUCGUGGAGAUGUAGGUUCUCUGGUUCGUGAAGUUGGAAUGAAAUGUCUAGACUCAUAUAUUGAGUUUCUUGUAAGUAAUCAAUACAAAGAGCUUAUUACAUCAGACAUGAUUGAAGAAGUGAUGACGACAAUUGCACAGCAGGCUGUUGAAAAAAUCGAUCGGACGCGAGGUGUAGCUGGUCAAGUGUUUGCUCAUUUACUUCAUCAUGAUCCUCCUGUCGAACACAUUUCUCACCGUGAUAAAUUGAAACAAAUAUUCCCAAAAUCUGAUUGUGAUAAUAUGAUAUGGAGUUCGGCCAACGUGACAUUUCAUCGUUUUACAAAAUUGUUGGAUUUUCCAGAAUAUCGUUAUCGUUUAAUUUUAGGCUUGAUUGUCAGUGUCGGUGGUCUGACGGAAUUAACAAUUAGAUGCAGCACCUCAGCUUUAAGUGCAUAUUUUCUCGAUCAUGAAUCAGAUCAACGGUUUAUUAUGGAAGUUUUAGGGAUUGUUGAACAGAUUCUCCAGUCGUUUAAUCAAGAAGAAAGGAUUGUUGUGCCUCUUUUUAAAUUUUUGGAUUUUUUACUGAAUGAUCCGAUCGUUAACUCAACAGUUGAUCCAAACAGUCUGGUUCUUUCACAAUUGAUCGAUAGUGUUUGGAAUGAAACUAAAUUAACUAAAGAUGUACAGCGUAUCAAAGCUGCUAUCGAUAUAUUUGGUGGGAUGUUACAGUUCACUGGUCCUGUUCAAAAACGAUCUCUAUCUUUACUGAUGGUCACAUUGGGAUCUCGUUACCCAAUUAUUCGUAAAGCAACUGCAACAGAAUUGUAUGAAUGUCUACUGGUUCACGAGUUAUGUGCAUCUGAGUUAGUGGAUCAAGUAUCCUCGAUACUUACCGAAACCAUCUGGGAAGGUGAUUUGGAAAUAGUCAAACCGAUUCGUAAUCAACUUUGUGAAUUCUUUCAAGUUCCUGUGCCAAGAAUUACAAGUUCCAAUCAAACCACACAUCAUGGGCUUGAAAAGUCUGUUGAAUGAAGUUCUGUUGCAAAUAAAAUUCUCAGGAAAUAGCUUCAUGCAACUGUGAUAUAUAUAUAUAUAUAUAUAUA